AUGUCCACCAAGCUGUUGAACCGUCAACAAGCCCGCUGGUCUGAGUUCUUAUCCUGUUUUAAUUUCCGGAUUGUGUACCGUCCUGGGAAGCAAGGAGCCAAACCUGACACUCUGACCAGGAGGUCAGAGGACCUCCCUAAAGAGGGGGAUGAACACCUACUGCACCAAAGCCAAACUGUACUGAAGCAUGAAAAUGUUGACCCUGCAUGCCUACCUGAACCUGCUGAACCUGCUGAACCUGCUGAACCUGCUGAACCUGCUGAACCUGCUGAACCUGCUGAACCUGCUGAACCUGCUGAACCUGCUGAACCUGCUGAGCAUGCAGAACCUGCUAAGCAUGCAGAACCUAUGGGAACAAGACAAUCAGUAUCCUUUAGAGAUGAGGUAGAACUACAGCUGCCACCUGAAAUUCAGGACCUAAUAUGCAUAGCAUAUGAGACUGACCCUGUUGUACGGUCAAUCUUAAAAGCACUAGCUACCAGACAGGCUCAACACCCAGAUAUUACCCUAGCUGACUGCGAGAGAAAAAGGGAGCCUCCUGUUCUACCGGAAUCGCCUGCGCGGCAAGGGAUAUUGCGGCCCCUGCCUGUCCCUGAACAUGCCUGGCAAGAUAUCUCCAUGGACUUUAUUACCCAUCUGCCUACCAGCCAAGGCUUUGAUUCCAUCCUGGUUGUUGUGGACCGUCUAACCAAAAUGAGGCACCUAAUUGCCUGUCAAGCCACAAUAAAUGCUGAAGGAGUUGCUCACCUCUAUACACAACAUGUGUGGAGACUUCAUGGCCUCCCCCGGACAAUCACUUCUGACCGUGGGCCCCAGUUUGUCGCUGAGUUCUGGAAACACCUAAAUAAACACCUGGAUAUCCAGAGCCUAUUAUCAACCGCCUUUCACCCAGAGACUAAUGGUCAAACUGAAUGGGUAAAUGCAAUGCUGGAACAAUACCUGCAAGCUUAUAUUACCUACCUGCAAGAUAACUGGUCUACCUGGUUACCACUAGCCGAGUUUGCUCUCAAUGCUACCUAUUCCGAAGCUAUCAGAACAUCCCUGUUCUUUGCCAACUACAGGUUUCACCCACGUAUGGGCUUCGAACCUGUCCCUGUUCCUGACUGUCCAGCUAGCCAAGAUGCUGAGAACUUCGCCCAGAAGAUGCAAGCUAUAUCUGACUAUGUCCGAUCCCAGAUGACCUCCGCUCAAGCCCGUUAUGAAGAACAAUCAAACAAGACCCGUCAACCUGCCCGACAAUAUAAGGCCGGUCAGCGUGUGUGGUUGGAUGCCCGCAACAUCCGUACGCUCCGCCCAAGCAAGAAGCUUGAUUGGAAGUUCCUGGGACCGUUUACUAUAAAAAGGAUGAUCAAUGCACACGCUUACGAGCUCGACCUACCAGCCAGUAUGCGGAUACACCCGGUAUUCAAUGUGAGCCUACUUCGCCCAGCCGCCGACAAUCCUGUGCCCCGUCAAAGAGCUGAUCCCCCACCACCCAUCGAAGUGGAAGGUCUUGAACAUUGGGAGGUUGAGAGCAUCUUAGAUUCGCGCUGGGAGCGGCGAGGCCGAGGAGGCCCUCGUCUGAAGUAUACUGUUAAAUGGGUUGGAUAUGACGAUCCUACAGAGGAGCCUGCCGAGUACUUGACCCACGCCAAACAGCUCGUACAGAACUUCCACCGCCGAUAUCCGCAUAAGCCCCGGCCAAGCCUCGACGGAGCUCGGCCCUGAAGGAGGGGAGUACUGUCACGGGGCCAGCCCGAGCCUCAUCCUGAGCCCUGAUUCUGCCGCUGCUGACCGCCCCGGUUAGCUGAGAUUUCUGGAGCUCCGACUCUGAUCCAAAUCGGAACCUCGAGCUACGUCUUGUCUUGUCUAUGCACCUGUCUGAUAGCCCGACUCCGUAGCCUGCCUGUCGUAUCUACUC